CCCCCGCUCGCUGGCUCACUACGCCGACUGCUUGGCUCCCUCGCCGGCUAUCGCCCGCCCAUGCAUGUCCGAACCUGAGCUAGCGCCGGUUCCGCGAAGCUCAGGGAAGAGGGGGACCGGACUCGGCCGCAGCUGAGCAUCGCGCGUGUGUGGGCGGCAGGGCCGCUGCCUCUCUGACCGCAGCACCACCUGUCGCGGGGUAAGACUUCGGGUGAAAGGAAAGAUGUUGUCCCGGUUGAGAAUAGUCGCUACGCCCUGUACUCUCGUGUGUCGUCAUAUGCACAUAAGAGAAAAAGGCAAGACACUCAUGUUGAACCCAAGAACAAACAAGGGAAUGGCAUUUACAUUACAAGAACGACAAAUGCUUGGUCUUCAAGGACUUCUACCUCCCAAAAUAGAGACACAAGAUAUUCAAGCUUUACGAUUUCAUAGAAAUGUGAAAAAAUUGAAUGGCCCUUUGGAAAAAUACAUCUAUAUAAUGGGAAUACAAGAAAGAAAUGAGAAGUUGUUUUAUAGAAUUCUGCAAGAUGAUAUUGAAAGUCUGAUGCCAAUUGUAUAUACACCAACAGUGGGUCUUGCCUGUUCCCAAUAUGGACACAUCUUUAGAAGACCUAAGGGAUUAUUUAUUUCAAUCUCAGACAGAGGUCAUGUUAGAUCAAUUGUGGAUAACUGGCCAGAAAAUCAUGUUAAGGCUGUUGUGGUGACUGAUGGAGAGAGAAUUCUGGGUCUUGGAGAUCUGGGUGUCUAUGGAAUGGGAAUCCCAGUAGGAAAACUUUGUUUGUAUACAGCCUGUGCAGGAAUACGGCCUGAUAGAUGCCUGCCUGUGUGUAUUGAUGUAGGAACCGAUAAUCCAGCACUCUUAAAAGAUCCGUUUUACAUGGGCUUAUAUCAGAAAAGAGAUCGAUCACAACGUUAUGAUGACCUGAUUGAUGAGUUUAUGAAAGCCAUUACUGACAGAUAUGGACAGAACACACUUAUUCAGUUUGAAGACUUUGGAAAUCAUAAUGCAUUCAGGUUCUUGAGAAAAUAUCGAGAAAAGUAUUGUACCUUCAAUGAUGAUAUUCAAGGAACAGCUGCAGUAGCUCUAGCAGGUCUUCUUGCAGCACAAAAAGUUAUUGGUAAAUCAUUCUCAGAACACAAAAUCUUAUUCCUUGGAGCAGGAGAGGCUGCUCUUGGAAUUGCAAAUCUCAUAGUUAUGGCUAUGGUAGAAAAUGGCGUCUCAGAAGAAGAGGCACAAAAGAAAAUUUGGAUGGUUGACAAGUUUGGUUUAUUAUUUAAGGGGCGGAAAGCUAAAAUAGAGAGUCAUCAGGAACCAUUUGCUCACUCAGCCCCGGGGAAUAUACCUGAUACUUUUGAAGAUGCAGUAAAUAUACUCAGGCCUUCAGCUAUAAUUGGAGUUGCAGGAGCUGGCCGACUUUUCACUCCUAGUGUAAUCAAAGCCAUGGCUGAUAUCAAUGAAAGGCCUGUAAUAUUUGCAUUAAGCAAUCCUACAGCAAUGGCUGAAUGCACGGCAGAGGAAGCAUAUACACUUACAGAGGGAAGAUGUUUGUUUGCCAGUGGCAGUCCAUUUGAGCCAGUGAAACUCAGUGACGGGCAACUCUUUACACCAGGCCAAGGAAACAAUGUGUAUAUUUUUCCAGGUGUGGCUUUAGCUGUUAUUCUCUGUAACACCCGGCAUAUUAGUGACCAUGUUUUCCUAGAAGCUGCAAAGGCUCUGGCAAAUCAAUUGACAGAGAAAGAGCUAGCUCAAGGGAGACUUUACCCACCACUUGCUGAUAUUCAGGAAGUUUCUAUUAACAUUGCUAUUAAAGUUACAGAAUACCUGUAUGCUAACAAAAUGGCUUUCCGAUACCCAGAACCUGAGGACAAGGCCAAAUACAUUAGAGAAAGAAUAUGGCGAAGUGAAUAUGAUUCCCUGCUGCCAGAUGUGUAUGACUGGCCAGAAUCUGCAUUAAGCCCUCCCCUGAUAACAGAAUAGAGGCACACCCACUGAAAAAUACUUUCCAUGCUUCAGGGAAACCCCUCCUUUUUUCUUUUCUUUUUUUUUUUU